AGAGGAUCAGAAGGCCUGACCGACAACACCGUCCCCAAUUCUGGCUGGACACAGGACACCAGUAGGCCGGACCGACAACACCGUCUCCCAUUCUGGCUGGACACAGGACACCAGUAGGUCGGACCAACAACACCGUCCCCAUUCUAGCUGGACACAGGACACCAGUAGGCCGGACCGACAACACCGCCUCCCAUUCUGGAGAAACCAACUAGCCUGAGGAAGAAUUUAACUGAGUGGGCCUGCUGCAAACGACGCACAAAAAAUCAGACAUACAAACCACCUGACAUAACAGAAUGGACCUUUCCCACGUUGCUGUCCUUCAGAAGAACUACACAUUUCUGAAGGAGAACCUUCAGGUCGACCCUGUGCUGGAUGCCUUGUAUGAGAAAUGUAUCUUCACACAGACAGACUAUGGCAGGUGUAAAUACGCUGGGACAGAGAAAUGUGAGCUGGUGUUGGAGACGCUUAAAAAGAAGGGAGUAGAAGGUUACAAGACGCUCUGUGCUGUCCUCGAUACUACACAGCCUUUCAUCAAGGACAUACUUGAUAAGACCUCAAAUGAAGAAGGUAGCCCAGAUCUCGUCUAUGUUAACAAGGACAAACUGGAAGCUCAGUACAAAAACGAACUUGCUAAAAAAGAUGGAGAGAUAGCUGACUUGAAAGCUGCAAUAGAAGGACUUGAGCAACAAAUUGAACAAAACAACACUGAUCACGCUGAACUGGAGGAAAGAAUGAAGAAAGAAGGUGAUGAACACAUGACAGAGAUAGAAAAGAAGAACGGGGAAAUUGAAAAUCUGAAGACAGCGUUGUCAAAGUCAAAUGACGAGUUGCAGCAGUCUCAAGCAAAAUGUGAGAACGUGGAGAAGACACUGCUGGAAGAACAGGAAGCAUACGAUGCUCUAGUGGGUGUUCCAAGGUCACAGUCUCCAGACAGGGUGGACAAUACAGAGCAAGUCCAACGUGCAGGUUCCACUGAGACAGUGUGCCAGCUUUCAACUCAGUCCUGUUGUGAUGAGAGUCAGCUUCGUCUUCUUCCAUGCCUUCAUUCUGCCUGCAAGCCAUGCCUUGAUCACCAAGCUACACAGGCGGAAGAGACCUGCAUACACUGUCCUUCCUGUGGCCGGGAGUUCACCAUGGCGCAGACAUCAGUAGAUCAUGUCAGACGCAAUGAAACUGUCUACUCUGAAAACGUUGAUGGUGAGAUGACAUGCAACUACACCAAAGAAGAUAAUUCUACACCGGCUGUGAUGUACUGUCAUAAAUGUAAUGUACGCCUCUGUUCGGACUGUCAUAAAAUGCAUGACAAACUGAAACCGAAUGAAAACCAUAGGGUGAGUGGCAUCAACCAGUCAAAGAAUAUCCCCAUGAAGCAGUGGCUGAAGGAACAUAAUUGCAGUGACCACCCUGACAACAAACUGCAUCUGUAUGACCACACGUGUAAGAAGGCAGUCUGCCUUGUAUGUGCACUUGGGGCCCACAACAAGCACAAGAAUGAAGACUUGAAUCAGGCCUAUGACGUAGCAAAAGGUCAGCUGGAGGAGCAAGUACAGAAGCAGCAGCAUAAACUGAAAGAUGUCACUGACAGGAUGGGAAGUGUCACCAGUCACCAAAAUGAUCUUGCAGAGACGCAGAGAAAGCUGAAAGAGGACAUGACGGCAGUCUGCAAAAGUGUUGCUGCAAAGUUCCUUCAUCGACAGAAACAACUCAUGGAAGAACUUCAAGUGAGUCUCCAAGCCCCAAACGAAAUGGUUCAAGAGAAACGUGACACCUUACAUAACGUCCAUACUUCAAUAGUAUCGGCGAUAGACUACACCCAGAGAACACUUGAAUCCACAAGACGAGAGGAGCUCAUUACUCUCACAGAUGUACUGCAGACGAAAUGUGAUGACAAUGUGAAGAGGGAGCUUCCAGAAGAUGACACACAAGAUGCGAAGAUCCUUCUUACCUUUCAAGGUCAGAAAGCUCUUAUGGAACUCAUCGACACAUUUGGUGGACUUGUCCCCAGCCUCAACGUGGAUCACAUACCAGAUAAACAACCUACUUUACAGGAACUCCAAAAAUGGAAUAUGCAAUUGACCGUAAAAGAGGAAGACACCAGGAAGGUACAUGAAGGGCGGUGGCAUCAGCUUGGGGAGAUCAUUCAUCGUUUCACAGGAACCGUCCCCCGAUAUCGGGAUCACAAAGACUCCGACCUGAACAGCUGGCGUCACAGGAAGUCGCACCUGAACCGCUGACAUCACAGGACGUUUUUGAAGCUGCUAAACAUUUCAUAAUCGGAGCAAUCAUCCCUUCAGAGUCACCUGAGCGUGGUCUAUACCUGAAAGGGUAUUCAGGCACGAUGCACAUCAUCAGCGGGAAAAGAGGUUCUAGAGUCAUUACCUGUAUUAAGCUCCAACUAGAUGCUGGUCGAGCCAACCCACGCUACUGCCGUGUUUCUGCAGACGGUGUGCUGGCCAACUUUCCGCUCGAUAAACCAUACACGGACAGUGGCAGACUACAUGAAUUGUCCGGCACGUGUAGCUCCACCCCCAUCCCCCUUCCUCCAUCCCCCUCUAAUGUCACCCCUGUCCCCCACACAACACGAUACUGGGAGACCAACACCACGGUGUUUGUGGAGCGUGUGUUUGGUGUAAGGUGUUGGUUGACUGUCCUGGAGGUGGGUGUUGGGGAGGAGAGCCAGGUAGACAGUGGGAGCUAUUUUGUUUGUGACCAGCGCCGCUCCUGGUGUGUCCGUGUAGGGGGCUGUGACACACACCAGAAGAGUGUCUGUACCAGGGUGUGUCUGGCGGGGGAGGACGGGAAGUGUUACAGAAACACAAUGUCUUACACACGCGACACACACGCCACCCUCCACUAUGGCGUUGUGUUGGAUGUCGGGAGGGGUAGAAUAGGGUUUAUUGACGUAGACAGGUCGGUUGUUUUAAGGAAAGUUGAUGUGGAGUUCAAGGAGGAUCUUCUCCCCAUAUUUACUGUCGAUCCGACACGUUACUUCACAGUAGACAUGAAGGUGGUCAGUGGGGAGGAGAUCCUCAUGUCUGACAUCAAGAAAUCACUCAUUAAUGAAGCCCUGGCCUAAGAAAUAAACUACACAUGACCCAGUGUAAACUUGUACAUAUCACACAUCAACUAUAUCUGACAAAUUCAAUACAACAGAACUGAAAGAAGCGGACAUAGAAGUUACCUGUUCAUGUGUUGUAUUUUUCAUUUGUGUACUAGCAGCAUUUUACAUCCACACAGGAGUAUUGCUAUGAUUAUUAUUAUAUAAUAACUGAUUAGUUUAUGAAACAUUUCAUACAUUUCUGGUACAUGUCACAACUUACAACUGAGUUGAUGAUUAAGUAAAAAGUUGUUUCAAAUCAUGAAUAUCUUGACAUAUUUUGUUUUCACAUUGUGAAAUAAAUAGUUAAAAUACCCAUAUGUAGAGGUUAGACAAAUAACGUCCCAGUUUAAAUGUGCCAUGGUACUUGUGUUAUAACGAGGAAAGAAAUGUAGCUACUAAACUGUCUGUGUCUUUAUUCUAUCAGUCCUGUUGUGUUUGGAAAUAAUUUAAAUCCCCCACAGAGGAUGUGCUUUGUGUUUUUUCUUGGUCCAUGUAUCGACACAAAUAAUGUGAAAUGUACCAUCCUGCCAUGUCACAGAGCUGAUUACAAAAUGGCCCCCGCUGUACAUUUACAUGUGUGUAUGAAAUUGAAAAUUGAAAGUUGUGUGUGAGUUACUGUCUAAUAGAAACACUGGGUCUAACUCUGACAAUGGGGUGUGUAGAGAUGGAUGUGCCACUCUUAGAGUUCCACGCCAAUUCUAAAAUAGCAGGCUUUAUUUUUGGUCAGUAUGACAUGAGUUGAUAAUCAAUACCUGUAGUCUAACCCUGUUGUGUUUGACUCCGAUCUGUCUACUUCUCUAGUAAAUUACAAGGUUUAACUAGGGGAUAUAUUAUCACCAGAAUCCCGCUUUAGAGAACUGUUUGUAUUCAACUACUUUGCGAUGUCAAGUGGACUGGUUGACUUAUCUAAUAAAUGCAUGCAUUGACUUUCUAUAUUUCUAUAUUGUAUGUAUAUGAUAACAUGUCUGAUGUUCAUUGUGUAAGAUAUGCUAGGUGUUAGCUGAUGUUAUUUAAUAUGCACUGGAAAAAAUAUUGGUAUCAAUCCUGACAGGUUUUGCUGUUUACCGUGCACAGGGAAAUGGUCCACCUGAACAAUUCUGUUGUAUAUUUGCUUUAUCGAUUAGGUUUUGGUGUUGCCUGAAUUAUGUAAACUGGGGGAUUCAAAAAUAUUUUAUCGAAGUCCACCGAGAUGCUAGAUACAGUAAUGUAGUACUGUUCUUUGUAGGACAGUAGUGAUUUUGACAUUCUUAUUAAUGUGAGUUUAUAAAUAUCAAAACAUCUAGGCGGACCUGUGACAACUAUAGUCUACUUUCUCGAUUUGGUUUUGGUGUGCCUGCCUUUAGUUUUAUGUCAGCUGUAGGUGGCCCAAAAGUAAAACUGUUGAGAGGUUCAGUAAGAGUUUUUUUCUGGGACUACGUAGGAUCUAUAUAUUUCAUUUGAUUGCCAUUUAUAUAUCUAAACCAAAUCUAAUUUACCUGUGAUAAAAUAUUCUCUAUUUAACAUAGAUUUUCAAUAUAGAUGGUUGUUAACAAAGUUUAGGGGUGGCAGUAAUAAUCGACGUAUAUAGUUAGUUCCAAGCAGUUUUACCACUUACACUGAUGAAGUUAUUCUAUGCAAUCACAAUGGUGCUUUUGAAGAUGAAGUGCAUGUCGUGUGUCACGAAAUGAGGAUGAAUUAUUAAUGACACUUUAAACAUUAAUGUUCACUUAAGACGUUUCCGCAUAUCUCCAGAUGUUAAUGGAAUUGCAAAUUGUAACCUGUUCCGUAACGGGUAUUUUCUUACUGUAUGUUACUGUAACUGCCACUUCAUUCCUUAUGCAAGCUGCAAACAGACUUUGUACCAUGGGUCUUGAAGCCUUUAUACAAAAUAAAACACCAUCUGUCUGUC